AUGUCAUUGACCUUCACCAACCAACCACCUGCAUCGCGGGUUCCAUAUGCCAUUCCUCAGUUGGAGGGUGAGCGCAUCACAAUCCCCGGUAGCAAAGGUGUCUUCCGCAUCCUUACCUCUGCGAAGCAAACCGGGGGUUUGAUGGCUGUUUUCACAAGCGGUGCUGUCCUUUCCGAUGCUCCCGGAUUCCACUACCAUAACCACGCCCAUGAUGUUUUCCUCGUCACAAAGGGUUUCCUGAAGUUAUGGAAUGGAGACCAAUGUCGGAUUUUGGGACCUGGCGACUUUGCCUAUGUUCCUCCGAAAGCUAUUCACAAUCCCGAAAUGAUCGGCCCGCAUACAGAACUCCAAGGCUUGAUCACCCCCGGUGAUUGGGUGGACUUCUUCCGUUAUGUGUCAGAGCCUUUCGAUGGCGUGGUAGUCCCCGAAGGCGAUGAUCGUGACCUAAAGUCCAUUCUUAUCCCCAAGGUUAUGGCCGCUAAGGAAAAGUUCGAUGUUGUAUUCCAGCCGCACUACGUGGCCCCGGAGGUUACCGAGUGGACUAAGGAAGACGAAAAAUUGCCUGAAGGUCCGGCUGGAUACUUUUUGCGUGCCAAUACCGGCCCCAAAUGGAUGCUUGGGGGUGUGAUGUCCCGCCCAUUCGUCACUACCACCCAGAGCAGUGGUGUGUGUGCGAUUUCCAGCAUCGAGUCGUCCAAGGAUUAUGGCGAGACGGCGUUCUCCAAAUAUAUGACUUUCCCCACUGUCGACCACUGCUUCUGUGUUAUGGAGGGUGCGCUGCGGGUGAACUUGCAAGGUGCAGAUGAUGCUAUCUUCCGUGAGGGCGAGACUAUUGUUAUUCCUGCUGGGCAAGCUUUCUCCCUUGGCUUUGAGAGCAAAUAUGUCAAGUUCCACUCUUUCACCGACGGAAAUGGCAUUGAGUCAUUGAUCCACGCUGCUGGCAAGCCAUUCCAAGGGGCAGUGCUUCCCGAUAAGGCUCCAGAAUAUGAGCAGUCGGAGGUGGAGUCGGCUGCCACGCGUUUGAAUAUUGCAAUUUAA